AUGCAAGAGCGCCAUCGACUGGACUACAAUUCCCCCGCAUUGAAAGACGAAGACAGUUUCCGCCUGCUCAAGUUGUGCCCUGGACCUCGAAUUGCCAAGUCGAACGUUGGACGAUGUGCCAUCAAGACGGAGAUAGAAGUACAUCGCUUAUCAGCAUGUCCUGAGUAUGUGGCCUUAUCUUACUCGUGGGGCGAACAAGUCAGAUUCGAGGACAUUGGAGUAGGAGAUCUGGCAUACCUUCCGGUUUCGACGCCUUUGAUGAACGGCCUGCGCCAGAUGCGGCAUCCAGAUCCAGAUGCUCCUACGUAUGCUUGCAUCGAUGCCGUCUGCAUCAACCAGAACAAUAGCGACGAACCUAGUAGUCGAGUCAAGAUGAUAGAUGAUGCAGCGUAUCUACACGGACCGCAAGGUCUGUUUUCGCCUGGCUCGGCACGACCGAUCUAG